AUGAUUCCCGGAGGUGAAUUGAAAUAGUGCCUGCAUGAAAUCAAAGAAAAUUGUCCACCUUUACAACACUUGAAUUAUAGUCAUAAAAAGUCGUUUAAACAAAGUUUAGACUAGAUCACCUAAAAGAUUCCAAUUCUAAAAUCUAUUCAUAAACUUCGACAAGAGUAAGAGCAGAAGAUAUAUUAAAACAUAUAAAAAACGAGGAGGGUGAAUUUAAUGCAUGAAAUCAAUAAAGUCAAUCCUAUGUUGCAUCAUGAAUUAAAACUGAUUCCGUACGAAUUGCUUACUAUUAAAUAUGGUAUGAUAUAUUGCUAAUAUUUAAGUUGAAUGUAAAUAACAAUAACACGAGAAUCAUAAAGAAGUGCUAUCAGAUAAUAGUUAUAAUAAAUAUACAUAAUAAUAAUAACAACAAUUAGAACAACAUGGUUCUGGGUUCAAAAUAUUCUAGCAUAGAUUAUACAUAAGAAAUAUUAUGGACGAUUAUGAACAAGAUGACAGCAAUUUUAGCGAUUCCUAUAUCAAUAAAUAUUUGGAUCUGAAUUGA